CUGGACCGAUUUUAUUCACACCGACUUUCUCAUUGGUGUUCUUUUACUAAUGAGAUAUCCGGUGCAAACUCAUGCAAACUCCAAGUACGUUUCGAACACCGUGCACUGGACCAUUUUUAUUUACACCAAAUUUCCGAACGGCAACAAUUUUUAAUUUAAUUUAUGCUGCAUAUCAAGUUAUUGGGAUCUAGAAUUGUUGAUCUGAUUAUACUGAUCAUUAGUUUCCAAGAACGCCUUUAGAACAAUCAUUGCUGCUAUUCCACUAAUGAGAUCCUUUUGAAACAAGAAACUCCUUUUCCGAACACCGUGCACUGGAACAAUUUUAUUCACACCGAUUUUACCAUUGGUGUUCUGUUAUUGACGAGAUAUUCGGUGCAAACUCCAAGUACGGUCCGAACACCGUGCACUGGCUCAUUUUUAUUUACAUCGACUUUCCGAACAGCAACAUACGAACGCCCCAAAGCAGAAAGUGCUGCUCCGAACAACACAAACAAACCAAAAAAAAAAAAUUGAAAACUGAAUAGAACAAUCGGAACAGCAUCGGUGCAGCUCUGGAGCAGUGAACAGGUUUGACGCUAGAUGUCACUACUCUUGCUUAGAGACGGUUUCACCACACCCACUCUAUCCACUCCGAUUCCAAUCAAACCGCUGCAUUUUAUUUACCAAAAAAUGGUCCUAGUUGAAGGUUGUUCCAAAUUCCGGUUCCCAGUUUCUUAUUGAAAUCUAUUUUGUUCUUGUGCUGUGUGAUCAACGAGGUUCUAUUAAUUAUUGGUAUUUUAUUGGGGUGCAUCAUAAUGUCUGAUAAAAAUACCUCCAGUGAUUCAGUGAAAAAUUUUUCCAGCCUGGAAACGCCCGGCUACGUAGGUUUCGCCAACCUACCAAAUCAAGUUCAUAGAAAAUCUGUGAAAAAGGGAUUCGAAUUCACCCUUAUGGUAGUCGGAGAAAGUGGACUUGGCAAAUCCACUCUGGUCAAUGCACUUUUCCUGGCCGAUUUGUAUCCGGAAAGAGUCGUUCCAGAUGCAGUUGAAAAACUAAAACAAACCGUGAAACUGGAACCCACCACAGUGGAAAUCGAAGAACGAGGUAUCAAAUUAAGACUGACCGUGGUGGACACGCCCGGCUAUGGAGAUGCUAUUGACAAUACCGAUUCGUUUUCGGAAAUAAUCAGAUAUAUUGACGAACAAUUCGAGAGAUUUUUGAGAGAUGAAAGCGGCCUUAAUAGGAAGAAUAUUGUUGACAAUAGGAUUCAUUGUUGUUUUUACUUUAUUUCGCCUUUUGGACAUGGGCUAAAACCCCUAGACAUUGAAUUCAUGAAGCAAUUACACAAUAAAGUAAAUAUAGUUCCCGUUAUUGCCAAAGCUGAUGUUUUAACUAAGAAGGAAAUGCAAAAAUUAAAAAGAAAAGUAUUAGACGAAAUCUCAGAGAAUGGUAUUAAAAUUUUCUCUUUGCCUGAAUGCGAUUCUGAUGAAGAUGAAGAAUAUAAAGAACAGGUGCGUCAAUUGAAACAAGCUGUGCCAUUUGCUGUAUGCGGUGCCAAUACACUUUUAGAAGUUAAAGGGCGUAAGGUUCGAGGUCGUCUAUAUCCUUGGGGAGUAGUAGAAGUUGAAAAUCCAGAACACUGUGAUUUCAUUAAGCUGCGCACAAUGUUAAUAACUCACAUGCAAGAUUUACAAGAUAUCACGCAAAGGGAGCAUUACGAAAACUACAGGAGUGAGAGGUUGGCCAAAGGGGUACCGCCUCCGGCUCCAAAAAGAACUACUAUCAUUGAUGAAAAAUCUCCUAUUAACGCAGAUAGAGACAAAAUUCUACAAGAAAAAGAGGCCGAACUAAAACGUAUGCAAGAAAUGAUUGCACAGUUGCAAGCCAAAAUGCAAGUGCAACAGCAAUAGUAAUGGACAUUUUCUUUUUUUUUUUGUAAGUUAGAAAUAAGCGCUUUCGUCUAUCUGUUCAAUUUUAGAAUCCAACUAUUUUCUAAAACUGAAUAGUUUAGUUACCCAAACCUAUUGCUCGCCCACAUAUCCUAUUAUUGCUUCUAAUUUGAUCUAUGAUCUAUUAAUUAUGAUCCUACGAAUAUAGACCUAUUUUUUUACCUUAUUAAUAGAGAUAUAUUUUAGUUUGUAAGGCCCUAAUUUUUGUAUUUCUCAUUAAAUGUUUAUCUUGUGUCAAGUAUUCGAAAGAAAAAAACCACUUUAUUUCUGUGUCCUAAAAAGUAACGUGAUAUAAUGAUUAUUUACGAGAUUAAAAAAAGAUGUUAUUCUUUUGCAAAAUGAUAUUUUAUUAUUAUUGGUUGCUUUGUCUUCUUAUGAAGAUAGAAGGGGACAAAAAUAGGGAAAUUAAAUUCAUCAUUGACACAUCAGUUCAGAUCCAAAUGAUUUAUUCUUUUGGGAUUGUUUUUAGAGGUAGAAAAUGUAUGCACUUUCAUAGUGAACAGUUGUUUUUGUGAUAAAUUUUGAUUUCAAGAUAAAAAUUUUCAUCAUGACAAUAUUUUUAAAAUAAAAAUAGUAUAUUACAUUACAAGUGUAGAAAGUGACAAAUUUCACACAAGUGUUUUUUCGCACGAGGCGGUAGCCGAGUGCGAAAAUCAUACGACCGUAUGAAAGACACUUUCUUACGAGUGAUGUACACCAUUUUUCCUACGACCAAAAACCGAUUUAUAUCAAUUUUCUCUUAUUUUAUUUCUUUUCAUUUUCACGUAUUGAAAGUAAAUUGUUAUGUCAAUCACAAAUAAUGUCAACAGUAUUUUCCACACGUGUGCUGAAAGUACUUUUAGUGCGCGUAUUGAAAGUACUUUCAGCAUGCGUGUGAUAUUUAGUGCUUUCCAAAGAACCAGCUAUUGCGAAUUUUGUCAUUUUCAUAUUUGGUCUUAGGAAAAGAAAAUUUCAUUUUUUGAUUCUGAAUUUUGUUUGAAUUAUGACAAGGUUAAGAAAAAUUGCCAAUAUUUCCAUUAAAAUUAUUCACUAUCGGAGAGAGCAUUCAUUUCUCUAUAAAUUUGAAACAUUCAAAGUAUGUAAACCCACCCAAAGCUACCCAAUGGAAUUUAUAUAGUUUACUUGGUUGGUCAUAAAUGGUGCUCCAUAUCAAUUCAAUCGAAAUGACUGGGUUCACACCAGCAUCUUUUGAUGAAAAUUCAAAAAUAAAAUCUCAUUUUUUUUUCUGACAAGGCUGAUAAGGGGUGACAUUUUCUUUAGGGAAUCUGAGAGAAAAUUAAACGACAAAGUUUAUUAAAAAAAAAUCAACAUUACUUUAAUAUUGAGUAAAAAUUACAUGGAAAGAGAAAAAAUUUUAUAUUAAAGAAAAUAUCACAAAUAACUAAAAACAAAUAAUGAUGAGGUUUGGAAUCCAAUUCCUAUGGCAGCGAAAAUAAUUUAAAAGUGCCUAAUUUUUAGUAAAUGUGUUAACAAUGUUUGCUGCCAUAAGAAAAUAUAAACCUAAAAAAAUUCAAUAUUCCCCAAGUUAAAAGAUGUCACUUAAACUUGGCAACAUACAUAUUUAUAUAAAACUCUAAGGAAUUGCUAAAUUAUUUAUAUCACAGAUUACCAAAAAGCUAACUAAAAAUACAUUAAACUAGAUACUUGAAUAAGGAAAACAUACUUAUUACAGGUAAAAUAUAAUUUGGUGAUAUGUUGGUCCCUG